CAGAGAAAAUAGAACAUUUCGAUAAACCGAAUUCGGAUUGCCUCGUUCCCGUUUGAGUUGCCUGGUAAAACAGCUACUUGAGCUUCGACUCCCUCCCCGUACCAAAACAAAAUUAAAAUUAAAAAAUGAAAGGUCUACCAUCUACGUCUUCAAGAGCACCUGUCAAAUUCAGAAUGCCAACGGCGGAGAAUUUAGUACCAAUUCGGCUGGACAUAGAAAUCGACGGUCACCGCUUCAAAGAUGCUUUCACUUGGAACCCUUCUGAUCCCGACUCGGAGGUGGUGGUGUUCGCUAAGAGGACUGCCAAAGACUUGAAGCUGCCUCCUGCUUUCGUCAUGCAGAUCGCUCAAUCCAUUCAGACACAAUUGACCGAGUUUCGAUCCUAUGAAGGUCAAGAUAUGUAUACUGGCGAGAAAAUUGUUCCAAUCAAGCUUGAUCUUCGGGUGAAUCACACUCUUAUCAAGGAUCAAUUUUUGUGGGACUUGAACAACUUUGACAGUGAUCCUGAAGACUUUGCCAGAACCUUUUGCAAAGAUUUGGAUAUUGAAGACCCUGAAGUUGGACCUGCAGUUGCCUUUGCAAUUAGGGAACAACUAUACGAGAUAGCAAUUCAAAGUGUAGCUACAGCUAGAGAAAGCAGAUUGAGCAAAAAGGGUCGUCGGGGUGCUGAAUAUAUCCCUGCAAUUAAAGCAGGUGGUACAGCAGUGGACUUGAUGAAGUUAUUCAGUAAUAAAUAUAGCGUGAUUAGGAAAAGAAAGGAAUGGGAUGUGUAUGAGCCAAUUGUUGAUCUCCUAUCAAAUGAAGAAGUGGAUGCUCUUGAAGCAAGGGAGGAAAGGAAUGCACGGUGAAUUACGCAGAAAAGUGGGGCAUUUAUGAGAAGAAAAUUUGGAUAUGAUUGAAAAUAUGAGACAUCAUAUACUGUUCCAUUUUUGUUGUUAACAUAACUGGCCUGACCUUCAGGGCAAUGGGAUGGCUUCUGCAUUUUUUGGAUGAACUAAUCAAGCCUGUUAAAUGGUAGAGCUGUACUGGUGAAUGUUGCCCCUUCCUUGCUUGUUUUUACUUCGAAUUUCUGCUGGAAAAACUCGAACACGAUGGUUGAGAAUCAAAGAGCUGUAAUUUGUAGAGAAUAUAUCUUUUGAGAUAUGUUUGGCAACUGUAAACUAAUAGCGGAAUACUCAAGUGAAUCUUUGAAAAAGUUGAUGUAAUAGAGAAUAUGGUGUUUUAAAACAUAAAUUUAGACUAGCUUGAGAUGAUUUGUUUAUUAUAAAUUACGGUAGAAAUUUAUUUGUCGUAAUGUCUUGGUUAAAGGCUUAUGAAAUUGGGCGGCCUAUGUCCUCUGAAACCAUUCUAGAAAAUCCAAAGCCAAUUUCUUGUUGGAUAGUGUUAGUGA